GUCACACGGUUCUCGCACGGAUCUCACGCCGGCCACCCCACGCGGCGCUCGCCCUCGCAACCCUUCGUUCCUCCUUCUUCGCCGAGCCGUCGUCCACGUCCACGUCCGCGACCAGCGCCGACGGCGAUCUCCGCAUUUUCUUCACGUCCACGUCCAACCUCGUCCAUCCCAUCGCGCGCAACACCGCGAGAGAGAGAGAGAGAGAGACACCCCUGCACCGUCCCGCCGCACCGUUCCUCCCGGACUUUUGUCCGAGCCGCCAAGUCGGAGCGCUUCGCGGAGCGUCGUCGGGGGUACCAAACAUCCCCCCGUGCGAACUCGCGGUCCUGCUUAGGGUGACACACCGGGGCUCCUCUGCAGCCUGCCGGCGCGAUAAACUGCGAUAAAGGGGGUGAACGAGCGCGACGAAGCCGUAAGAGCUCCUCCGUUUUCGCUGACCAUCUCCUCUUGACGACCACCUUCUUUGCUAUCUUUGCACUCUCGCCAGCCCGAAAAUGAUGAGCUCGACGCUGAUGAUUCUCGUGUCCGUGACGACCAUGGCAGCCCUCUCCGGCGAUGCCCUCGCCACGCUGCCGGCCCAGUGCAACUCGGGAUAUCUCGACGAGCUACCGCCCAGAGUGCGUAAAAUAUGCGUGGCCAUCGCCAGAUUAUGGGACGUCAGGGACAUGAAUGACUUCGUCGACGACAGAGAAUACCGGGAGAACUUGCCGCGGUACGACAGCGGCGUCAAGAGGCAAGACGUCGAUCACGUUUUCUUGCGCUUCGGGAAACGACGUUAGAACCAUGGCAUCACACCUUCCCCUCCGCUCUCUAUUCGCAAGCGAUAAACGAUUCGAGUUACCCUUUAAGUUUCCCCAUUUCGAUCGUCCCGUCGUCGAGAGAACGUAGUUGAGCACGUCUAUCGAAAGAAAAGAAAAUAAAAAAAUGCCAAGGAGGAAAAGAAAAAAAAGAACAGAGAAGAGCAUGAGAGCCCGCAACAAGGCCGCCGUAAGACGAUCGACUCUAAUCGCGUUAAUAUGUCUCGUUUAACAGUCAAAUAAUUUUUACUGUGUCUAAACAGCACUCACGAAGAACAAAUUGGCUCCCCUCCCCCCUCGAGCGUUCCCUGAAUCGUUCCCCCGCACGCGAAAGUAUAAAGUAUAUAUCUCGUUAAACGCAUGGAUUUUAAGCGCGUCAGCGCUCAAUUUAGUCUAAUUUCGCUCUCUUUGUUCGGCAAAAGCGUGAAGUUUGAAGGAACUUUAAUUAGCAAUUACAACGUAUAUUAUAUUGCAGCGACUAUUAACGGCCAACGUUUCGUGGAACAAAAAUUUCACGCGUUACGAGAUAAUUUCAUUACAAGAUAAUUUACAAGAUUUUGAUAAUAUAAAUAAUUUUCCUCUGAACACUUUAUGUCCCGACAGUCGCUAGAGCACACAAAGACAUAAUCGUGUUUCGCUCGAAAGAGAAAAAUUAAUUAGAUAGUUACGAAAAUAAAAAACAUGAGUACCGCGACCAUAUUCCUUGCGUUAUGGUCUCACAUAAUUUUGCGAGUAACCGCCAAAUGUCAAACUGCUGAGUAUUAAAAUCCACGAAAGUUCAAGCUACUCUCUCAAUUCUAUAUGUUGCCUCACCACAAAUAAAGAGUGUAUCGUAACGAUGUGCAACCAUUCCAAUACCUAUCACACUGUACCACACUGUGAAUGUUAACCGAAUUUCCUCGUCUAUAUUAAUUAAUCAAUCAAUUAAUUAUCAAUGCACUAUCUUAGCUAUUAGAUUAUAGGCCAGAUUAACAUCGCCAUUUUACGAGUGUAAGAACGUAGGAACGUUGCGUCGAUAUCGAUCUUUCGCGCCGCGACUACUAUUUCCAAUUAAUAACUCUCGUCCUCGCGUCGCUUGCGAGAUGGGUAUAAUGAUCCACCAUGCGAAAGUAAAGAGUGUCGUGCGGUCUACGCGCGCCAUUCAUUCUGCAGAUCAAUCACUUUGCGCCGCGUAACGCGAUCAGUGACACGGGCGAUUAGUCUGAGAACGUAAGAUUUAAUUAAAUCAAACCUAAAUUAAAUUUAUUCAAAUUAAUUCCCGGAAUUACUCCGUUAGCAUUACCUCGAAUCCGUACGCCCGCGCGUUUUGCUAUUUAAUUUAAUUCCAAAUGAGAUUUGUGUGCUAGAUUAUAUUUCGGUGUUACAUACAGGACUAUCUCAGAAUUGAAGAGAACCGGACUCACGGCGUUAUUUCACGAAGAUUGAAAUUAAUUUUUUCCCCGAUAGAAAAAUAUCGAAAAGAAAUUGCCGCUGUAUUCGCAACUUUUCGUUUUAUUUAAUAUCCGGUUGAAUACAUUAUCAACGUUAAAUGCAAAAAUUUUAUUGAAAUAAAUUAUUCUCGAGUGAUUAACGGUGAAUUUUACUCGCGGUAGAAAAACAUCGAAAAGAAAUUGUGCCGCUGUUGCUCGCAACUUUUCGAAUUUCGUUCCGUCGAAUAUCUUGUUGAACAUAUCAGCGUCAGGAGUAUAAAGGGAUUUAUUAAAGUAAAUGAAUUAUUCUUUAGCGAUGAGCGCGACGUUUUGUGAAUGGCGCUAAACGAAUUCUUAUUAUUAGUAGACUUAUUGUAGAUCUCUGAGUUUCAUAAUGCCCACGUGUUUGUCCGGCACGUUCGGGACUUUGUAUAUCCAUUACAAAAGAACGACACGAGUACAAACACGAAUAUAUUGCACAGCUAAAGUUGAAUAAGUGAACCACCGAACUAAAUUUAAAAUUAAAUACUAAGCAGGAGAUAAACGAAAAUGUAUCGCCCGCAUUUUAUUUCUGUCCCGAUGCGUAUUAAGGCGACACGCUCGAUUCCGAGUCUCGCAAUCAAUGGAAUCGCAAUCGAUCGCUAUUCCCGAAUUAUUUCCCGCAUCAAUUGUCUUAUUAAGUGCUAGACCAGAGCAAUUCCUGUGUCUGUCCCUACGUCCCCUAAGAGAUCGCAUAAUUUUCCAACGUCUCUCUACGUCUUACGUCAUCGGAUAUAUUCGCAGCUCGUUAUAUGGAUGUGUUAUGUCACUCUCACGGAACAGACGGAAUUGUAAAAUAUGGCUAAUGCGACGCGUGUUAAUGCACGUACAUAUUGCGAGGUAAUAAUAUGUUUAUUAUAUAUAACAGAUAAAUAUAUAUAUCUAUAUACAUACGCAUAUAAAGUGAUUCUCUCAGAA